CAUACCUUCUCCCAACCGAACUGCGAGCUCACAGUGCUGUCUUUAUCUUCUACAAUGGCACCUUUGAAACCCUAGGUUUUCCCAAUUGGGGAUUGCGAGCGAUCGGCUUAGCCAUGGCGAUGAUGAGCAAGACCCGCAACAUCCUUGAGGGCUCCUUCAAGUGGGCGCUCAGCCGCCGCACCUCCUUCGAGGACGAGUUUGAGGACAUCGGUAACUCCCCCUCUGGCCGGCGUAAGUGGAUCUCUGAUCUCUCCCCCAUCGCCAACAUCAUCGUCGCUCGAUGCUCUCGGAUGCUCGAGGUGUCCAUGGACGAUCUCCGGCAUAACUUUGACGCUGAAGCUUCUGAUUCUAUAAAGAGUCCUUCUAACUAUGCGAGGAACUUCUUGGAGUACUGCUGCUUCAGAGCGCUCGCGCUUUCUACGCAAAUCGCUGGUCAUCUCGCAGAUAAGGACUUUAGGAGGCUUACAUUUGAUAUGAUGUUAGCGUGGGAAGCUCCUGCUGCUUCUGAUCAACCUUUGCUGAAGGUAGACAAGGAGAGCAGUGUUGGAUUGGAAGCUUUUUCUCGGAUCGCGCCUGCAGUUCCUACCAUUGCAGAUGUGAUUACAAUUUAUAAUCUUUUUGAAGUGCUCACAAGUUCAACUGCUGGUCGGCUUUCAUUUGCUGUUUAUGAUAAGUAUCUGGGAAGCUUGGAUAGAGCAAUAAAGAAGAUGAAGACCCAAUCCGAAUCAUCUCUCCUUUCUGGCCUCCGCUUACAUAGAGGAGAAAAGAUCCUUGAGGUCGACGGGACAUUGACCACCCAACCAGUUCUUGAGCAUGUAGGAAUCUCUACAUGGCCGGGAAGACUAACUCUGACAGAUCAUGCCCUCUAUUUUGAAGCCUUGAAGGUUGUGGCUUAUGACAAACCAAAAGUAUAUGAAUUGGCAGAGGACUUAAAGCAGGUCAUAAAGCCUGAGAUGACUGGGCCAUGGGGCUCGCGUCUUUUUGAUAAGGCUGUCAUGUACAAAUCCAUUUCCUUAUCAGAACCGGUUGUCAUGGAGUUUCCUGAGCUCACAGGUCAUUCUCGCCGCGACUAUUGGUUAGCCAUCAUGCAGGAAAUACUUUAUUCUCACAAGUUCAUAAGAAAAUUCCAGUUGAAGGGAGUUGAAAAGGAAGAAACACUGCUGAAAGCUGUGCUAGGGAUUUUGCGAUUGCAAGCUAUUCAGGAACUAGCUACUUCUAUCCCUUUUCGUUGUGAGACACUACUCAUGUUCAAUCUAGCAGAUCAACUUCCUGGAGGUGAUUUGGUACUUGAAACACUUGCGGAUAUGACAGUAUCUAGGAGGUUGAAUCGACCCAGCCCUUCUAAUUCAGAAAGUGGAAUGUAUUCUGUAUCUGCCCUACAAAUUUUAUCUAGCUUGGGACUGGUCUCCCAAGUUUCCAAUGAUGAGCGACUUCUUGUGGGUGACAUAGUUGUAGGGGAGAUGACUCCCUUGGAAAGAGCUGUUAGUGCAUCAAGGAAUAAUUUUAAAAAGGUUGAGCAAGCCCAGGCAUCAAUUGAGGGAGUUAAGGUAGAUGGCAUUGACACGAAUUUGGCAGUUAUGAAGGAAUUGCUAAACCCUGUUUUGGAGCUUGGAAGACAGUUAAUUCUUUUGGUAUCAUGGGAUGAUCCCACAAAAUCUUUGAUAUUCUGUGUUGUGACUUCAUACAUUAUCUUCAGGGGUUGGCUCCGCUAUGUCUUUGUUAUGAUGUCUCUCUUUCUUGCGAUUUUCAUGGUACUUACUCGGUGUUGUAGUCAAGGAAGGCCGAUUGUAGAGCUUGAGGUGAGGGCUCCUCCACCAAUGAAUACUAUGGAGCAGCUGUUGGCUGUUCAGAAUGCUGUAUCACACAUUACAGAGCUCAUCCAAGAUGGAAACAUUGUCCUUUUGAAACUAAGAGCAUUGUUGCUAGCUUCUCCUUCCCAGGCAACAGAAAAAGUUAUACUGAUGCUGGUCUUAUUGGCUGUAACACUGGCCCUUCUACCCAGCAAAUUCUUACAACUUCUGGUGUUCUUGGAGAUCUUCACAAGGUACUCACCAACAAGAAGACCAAGCACCGAAAAAUGGAUGAGAAGAUUAAGAGAAUGGUGGUUCAGCAUUCCUGCAGCCCCUGUUGUGCUUGAAAGAGAUAAAGAGGAAAAGAAGAGAAGCCUCUAAGAGAGAAGGUGAAGCUGAAAGGGGCAUGGGUGAGCAAAACAACUCGUAGAAGUUCAUUGACGGAGUGAAGAUGGUUGGAGUGAAGAG